AUGGAAUCGAUGUCACGUACCAUGAGUUACGAGUAUGUGAGCGCGAUCAAUAUUCAAUUACUAAACGAUUAUAAAUUUCAUCUACACUUUGUGAACGACAAAGCGUUGCUGUCCAGCGAAUUGUUGAAGUGGUCCCACAUCUUUUCACGAAGCUCUAUCAUCGAAGAAGAAUGUCAAUCGCCGAUCUUUUCAUUUGGAUAUGCGGCUCACAAUGGACCUCAUACCUGGAAGAUGUUUUAUCCAGAGAGUACUGGUUACAAUCAAUCGCCGAUCAAUAUCACCACGACCAUUGCGAUCGGGGAAUACGAUAAUAUCGAAUGGAUCGGUCACAAUAGAGUAAAACUUAACGCUUUUAUAAUAGUCAUAGUAUGUGGUACUUGGUGUGGCCGUGCACAUCCCUUCAUCAAAGGAGGUCCUUUAACCGAUACAUACAAUUUUCAUUCGAUGAUGUUUCAUUGGGGUCCAUCGGAUAACGAAGGAAGCGAGCAUACAAUCAAUCACGUCCGAUACGCCAUGGAAUUGCAAUUCAUUCACGUUAAACGUGGCUUCUUUUCACCUCUCCAGGCAGUUUUAUUAGGCGCAAAGGACGGAGUAGUGAUCGUGUCCUCAUUCUUUAACAUAAUACCUGUUGACAAUCCUUAUCUGGAUUGCAUAGUAACAAAUUUGAGAUACAUUACGCAACCCGGUAGCAAAGUGUAUAUACCACCUUUUCCUCUCUCAUGGCUACAUUAUACGGAAGGAAGGAAUUACUACGCCUAUCACGGUUCCUUGACUCAGCCACCCUGCAGCGAAAUUGUCACUUGGCUUAUCGAUCCUCUUCCAGUAGCAAUUUCCUCGAAUCAGGUAGAUGAGAGACUUUCUUCGUAA